GACAAUUGGAAAGAGAUAAGUUGAGUUGGUUGUCUACCUACGGAGUACCUCCGUAAUUUGUCAACCAAUCCAAGGAGAAACGUCACGACUGUCAAUGACGUCCGAGCGCUGAGUCUAUCACAGGAAUAGGAGUACAGCGAAACAUAUAUCACAAGAAGUCCAGGUUACGAAAAUCGAAUCGAAUUGAAUUCAGAGAAACAGCCAUUUAUAAAUCGACAAUUAGGCCAGUUCUGCGAAGAAUUUGCAGGAAGACAGGCCGCCCAUUACAACCAAACUCUUAUCAACACCUUUUACCAAUUGAUAGCGCCUUACAUUGGGAAACUCACUUGACGUGACCUGACCAUAUCUGAUCAUCGUCCAGAGCCAGCCUAAUCACCUCAAAAACUCACCUUCACGCACGCCUUGUUCACCACCAUGCCCCGCAUCUUCCUGAUCACGGGCACAUCCACCGGCUUCGGCAAGGAGUACGCGCAAGAAGUCCUGAACCGGGGCGACUGCGUAGUCGCCACGGCGCGCGACCCGUCCAAACUCUCCUUCAAAGGCACCACACCGGACAACUACCUGGCGCUCCGGCUCGACGUGACGGACAAAUCCAGCAUCAAAGCGGCCUUUGACGCCACGCUCGACAAGUUCGGCCGCGUCGACGUUGUUGUGAACAAUGCCGGCUACGGACUCGCCGGGUGCUUUGAAGAGUACACCGACGAGCAGAUCCGGCAGCAGAUGGAGAUCAAUUUCUUCGGGCUGCUCGACGUCACGCGUGAGGCGAUGCAGGUGAUGCGCGACCGCCAGCAGCCGCAGGGUGGGUUGAUCCAGCAGGUUACCAGCAUCGGAGGGCAGAGAGGCGUGCCCCUGUUCAGUGCCUAUUGCGCGAGUAAAUGGGCCGUCGAGGGCUUCACGGAAGCCGUCAGUCUGGAGGUCAAGCCGGAAUGGGGCAUCAAGUUUACCUGCGUCGAGCCUGGUGGGUUCAGAACAGACUGGGCAGGCCGAAGCAUGCAGUUCGCCGAACGUCACCCGGCCUAUGACCACAUGGACGCCCAAGAACGCAUGUCCGCCCGCCACGGCAACCAAGCCGGCGACCCCGUCAAAGGAGCAAAGGCCAUGUACGAACUGGCCAUCAUGAAAGACCCUCCGCUACGCUGCGUCAUCGGCACCGACGCCGUGAGUAUUCAUCCAUUCCUCCCCAUCCCUUUCCAAUUUCCUCCUCCAGUCCGAAAGACACGUGCCGUUUCCAAUACACUCACAACCCUUCUAACCCCCUACCUCAUUAACAUACAUAUAGUACGCCGCGAUAAUGAACAAGAUCGAAAAAUACGAGCAGAACUACAAGAAAUUCGAAACACUAAGCAACUCGACCGAUGUCGACGGCUUUGUGAACAAAGCAUAAUCUCCUAGUUGCUCCGACCGCACUCCCACCACUUGGACUGUGGUCAGGGCCCGUGCCGCAUCGCUAUAUAACUCGCCACCCUUUCCGGCCCGAGGAAGGGCAGAUGGAGCCCAGCGGAGUGGAGGGAUCGGGAUCAGGAAGCAAUGCUCGAGGAAAAGUAGAAGUGGUAAGAGAGAGCUCUCGUGGCCUGCAUCCUAGUGAGCACAAAGAAGCAGGCGAGGAGUACAGUUUCCCAAACCUACGACGCCAGCGAGGAGGGAGGGCAGUUAGACUUACUGUUAGGACGGGGGGGGACCAUGACGAGGAUGACACAAGCCACAUGACGUCCCGUCUAGAGAGCUACGAUUUCUGGUGGGCAUAUACAAGCCGAAAAUAUCCUUCCUCUACAGUGACGCCUGCCUGACACGGGUAUUCAAGGACAAUCCAAUCGGUUGAAUCUCC